AUGCCGCCGCAAGGAAUACGUUUGGAUGCCCCAACAACCAACGAAGUUCGUGUUUCCUGGGCACGACCAGCCAAAGAUACCUGGCAGUGUGAUCAGUUGAAUUAUGAAAUAGCAUAUCGGGCAGGUGGUCAACCGGAGCGCAUUGUGCCGGUACCCGGGGACCAGACGGAGUAUACGUUCCCCGCGGAAGCUAAUACACGAUGGGCCGUCAAACUCAGAUCCAGCAAUCAGGUUGGAUCGAGUCCAUGGAGUUCCGAACAAGUGAUCACUACCAGGCAAGGAACGCCAGGCUUAGUGAGAGAUUUACGAUUGCGAGCAAAAAGUCCGAACGAGGUGCAUGUACAGUGGCUUGCACCUUUGGUUCAGCGUGGUACUAUUGUUGGGUACGAUAUCAGCUACCGGCUGAAGCAUCGUCUUGCAUGUCCGGAUGAGGAGCCGCGUGAUGUGAGCCGUGACUUUGUUACUGUUUACAAUCACAAGGAUUUGGAGUAUACAAUCACCGGAUUGUUGCCAUUCUCUUUGUAUGAAGUACGUGUGCGAGCACGGACCACCGAAUUGGGACCUGAAGAAUCGAAGGAUAUAGCGACCGAGCAGCAACCACCAAGUGCCCCGCCCUUGAAUCUUCAGCUUAGCUAUGCGCUCGAACGAUCAAUCAGCUUCCAGUGGGAGCCGGUAGAAUGCUCACAAAGGCAUGGACAUAUUGUGAACUACGAGUAUGAAAUCCAGGGACAGGAUGAUUGGGCCAAACUGGAGCGACAAAUCGCCAAUACCACUGACACCAGGAUCAAUAUUGAAGGACUGACACCGUUCACGAAGUACAUCAUGCGUGUGAAAGCAUUCAAUAGCAUCGGUGGUGGACCUAACACGGAGAAUUUGGAUGCAAUGACUGCGAAAGCGGAUGCACCGCUACCACCGCAAGAUCUGGUAGUUACACAGGAGGGUACUGACUUCUUCGUAAUUUCCUGGUUGCCCCCGUAUCCACCGUAUGGACCACAUGACAAGUACAAAAUACGCUAUCAGCUAGUAAGUGAGAACCGUUGGAAUGAGAUCGAGAAGCUCACCGGCGAUCGAUUGCUA